GAAGAAAUACAGCUUUUUUUAUAUAUCCGCUGUUCAAGCCUUUUUAUCGGUGCAUUACACUUCAAGCGUCGCGUUACACGAACUCACACACCCUCAAGUCGGUGUAAAAGGAACAGAAACUUUAGCAACGGAUUCGCAGUUUCGCACCCUUUGUUUUUUUUCUGCUGUUUUCUGGGCCAAUAUCUUUCCCCAAGUUCUUCGCGAACGUCGAGCGGUGUAGAGAAGAUUCUUUGCGAUUCAGUUGAAUACACAUUCUACUUGGCAAGUUCUCUUCUAAACUUGCUAUUCGUAUCACCUGCUACCUGCUGUGGAUAUAUUUGUAGUGUGCACGGCGCUAUUAAUAUAUCUCAAAGGAACAGAUAUUUCUCUUUCUAUGAUACCUAUACGCUGAAGUCGUUUACCAUUUUUCACCAUUUCUAUUUUAAAAAGGCGCUUCCGUCAGUGGCAGAGCCGCAUACCUACACAUCUAUAUCAUCUUCAAGCAAAAUAAGAAGCAAAGAAGGCCAGCCCCUUUUUUUUUGUUUUCUGUGGCUGUCUUUCUUCUGCCUUUUUGUUUUCACUAACAUUUGUUGUUUAAGAAUUCCCGCGUCGCUAUUUGUUUAACGUGUGAUAGAAGAGAAAGGUGUUUCUUCGGCUUUUGUAUAUAUAUAUAUAUAUAUAUAUUCGGUUUCUCAGAGCGAUUUUGUGUAGGCCAUUUUCUCUCUUCCGCCCACGUUCGAUAGAUUUUUUGAGCCGACAUCGUUUUUUUUUUCCUUUUUGUUUUCUCUCUUCUAUUAAAGGUCUAUUCAAAGUUUAUUAUUUUUUUCUUUUUCCCCUUUCCCGCCCUGUACGACUUCAGCGGAACGCUUAGGACGAACGCUCGAGCUCGCCACACACCGCUCUUUCUCUUCUUGUGUUUGAACCUCUCUUUCCGUACUGUAAAAGAAACGGGAAGAAGCGAAAGAAAGGAAGGCUUGUAGUGCACCGCACACCCUGCGAUAUUUAUCCUCCUGUCUUUUUUUUCUUCUUCUUCCUAACACAACCACUCCAGCACAAUGGCUGCCGUAGUUGACGAGCGUGUGCUGAUGCACCUUAACGUGGGGGACUUCGUAGCCAUCAUGACGCACCACAUGAAGGACGGCAAGAUGCACUGGACACUGGGCUCUGUCGAGACGCCGCCGUACCUGCGUGACGUGGAAAUCCGCCUGUGGGAGAAGCAAAGGACGGAGUACUACAACGAGGACGAGACCCCGGCAAACCCCGAGACGGCGGAGCUCAUGGAGCGCAUUGCGCAGGUGAAGGAGGACUUGCAGAAGAGCAUCGCACAGUCCGAAGACCUCACUCAGCAGCUGCGCGACCGUCGUGCGUCCAUUAUGCGACAAAUCGCUGAUGCGGAUCAGUACGUGGAGGAGUCCAACGCGGUACGUAACGCCGCCCGCGACGAUGUCGAGAGCAUCUCCGAUCGUCACUGGCAAGAGCUGAAGUCGUAUCGUAUUCCACCCAAGAUGGUAUCGGUGGUGAUUCGCGCGGUCAUGCUGCUCUUGUCGGAGGACGAGGCCCGCACGUGGCCGCAGAUGCAGCGAGUGCUGCGCGACUUCAACUUCAAGCGCCGCAUCACCGGUUACGACCCCCAACAGCAGCUUUCGCCGGAGCGUCGCGACUACAUUUUGCAGGAAUGCGUGAGCAAGAAGAGCUUCCGGUAUGACCGUGCCAUGCAGGGCAGCGUAGCGGUCGGCCCCAUCUACUACUGGGUGCUGGCACAGCUCGACUGUGGCGAGGCACAAUCGCAGAAGGACCGCGUGGACAAGGAGAAGGUGGCGCGUCAGAAGGAACUGCGCGACGUAUUGAAGCAGAUCAGCGAGCAACAGAAGCGCAUCACCGAGUACCAGGAGCUGAUGGACGAUCUCGACGACCAACUACGCAUUUGCAGCCAGCACAACGAAAGCUCCGUCUCCCGCUCUCGCCGCCGCAGCGUCGGGGGUGGCGACCGCUACGCCGACAGCUUCGCCGCGCGCGAGGGCAAGGAGUACUUGAAGCCGGCCUUCUUUACCUGGAAGCCGACCGACCGCAUCAUCAUUGUGCUGCGCAAGAACAUCGUGACCAACUUCAACGGCGUGACGACGACGGAGCAGGAGGAGGGCUACAACCUCAGCGACCCGCAAAUCCGCUCCCUCGACGAGGCCCUCAUGCAACGCCAGGACGCCGUCGACGACAUGAGCGACGGCGACAACGACUUGGACGACGACAUGUUCCGCCAGGACGAGAACGAGGCCAGCAACGCCGCGCGCAACGACGAGGACAUCAUGAAGGAGCGCGAGCUGCAGGCGGCGGAGGGCGGUGCGGUGCCGGCCAACACGGCCAAGGCGGAGCUGCAGCGCAAGUUUGAGGGCGAGAACUGGCAGCGCCUACUCGAGCGCAAGCGCGACGCCAUUGAGGCCGCCUUCGCCGAGGAGUCUGCCGAGUGCCUGGAGGUGCCAGAGUACUACAUCUCCAUCGAGGACCUGACCAUUGGCAGCCUCAUUGUCGACUUCACGGCGCAGCACGACGGCAGCCGCUCCACCGAGGAGAUGCAGAGCCGCGUGGACGCGUGCGGGUACCCGAAGGUGCUCUCGCUCUACGAGGACGACGGGGAGGCCGAGGCUGAAGAAGAGGCCGAAGAGGAGGAGUUUCCGGAGCACCAGAUGAAGUUUGGUGGCGACCGCUGGGCCUACAUCGCACCCGCGCACCGCCAGGAGAUCGAGCAGGCGUUCCUGAUGGACACGAGCACCGCCACCGGGGCGAAGCGGGACGACAUCGAGGUGCAGGACAUCCGCGUCGAGGAGGGCGAGGGUCUCACCGUCGAUUACUCCAUGGCCGAUAAGUCGCGCGACCCGGACCAGGUGCAGGAGCAGGUCGACGCCUACGCCUACCCGGAGGUGUGGGCGCUGUACCAGCAACUGACGGGUCUCGAUGAGGCAAGCCCGACGCACCAGGUACGCUUCCGCGGUGAGCGCUGGGCUGACAUCAUGGAGGACAACAGGGAGGCCAUCGGCGCCGCCUUUGCCGAGGACACCGCCAAGGCCCUCGGCAUCUCGUCGCGCAAUGUGAAGGCCGGGGAGGUGCGCUACGAGGGCGGCCUCACGGUUCCCUACACGGUAAGCGGCUGCCCCCUCGACGACGACGAGGUCGACCAGAAGGCCGAGGACUACGGCUACCCCAAGACGUGGGCCUUGUAUGACCGCCUGGUCGCCGAGGCCGUCGGCGCCGAGUACCAGAAGGCCUUCGACGGCGAGCACUGGGAAACGGUGCUGCAGGCGGCCCGGCCGGAGGUGUCGGAGGCGUUCUGCACGGACACGGCGAACGCAGUGAAGUCCGCGCCCGGCCAGGUCGACCCGCGCUCCGUCGACACCGAUCAGGACCGCCUGCUCGUUUCCUACAACGUCGGCGAUUUGCAGGGCCGUGCCGAGGAGGUGCGCGAGGACACGCGCGAGUACCCCUACCCAGAGGUGUGGGCGCUGUACCAGCAGGUGGUCGCCGAGGAGGCGGAGGGUACGACGAACCUAUCGCAGCGCUUCGACGGCGAGGCCUGGGAGGCGGUCAACGCAGCCGUGCCGGAGCAGGUGCGCCAGGCCUUCGCGGACGAUGUCGCCGCCGCCACCGCGGUGGACCCGCAACGCAUCGUCGUGCACGACGUGAAAUCGAGCAAGAAGGGCAUGACGGUAGAGUACAGCAUCGCUCGCAAGGAGGGGGAGUCGGCGCACGCGAUGCGGAAGGCCGCCAAGGCGUCGAAGUACCCCACGACAUGGUCCCUGUACGAGGAGAACAAGGACAAGGACAAGGACAAGGACGCCGCGCGCGGCCUCGGCGGAGCUGGCGACCGCGAGUCUGCCAUUCUCGAGCGCCGCUUCGAGGGCGACGACUGGGACAUUCUCGUCGAGGGCUGCCCCGAGGAGAUCAACGGCGCUUUCAAGAAAGACACCGCCCGCACGCUUGGUGUGCCGUCGAAGAACGUGCGCGUCAUCAGCACUGAGAUCGGCAGUCUCGUGGUGAAGUACCAAAUUGUCGACCCUGCCGACGACGACGAUGAAAUCAAGCGCCGUGUCGAUGAGGACGACUUCCCGGAGUUGAUGACACUCUACCGCGCUCGCGUGCGGGGCGGCGACGAGGGCGAAGAGGGUGGCGGCAAGAAGAAGAAGCAGGCGGCCGGCAACGACCUGGACAGCAUGCCGACGAAGACCUUCGAGGGUGAGGAGUGGUCGAGCGUGCUGGCCAAGGACCGCAAGAAGCUCGAGCACGCUUUCCAGCAGGACACGGCCGAUGCCCUCGGCGUGGACCCCGAGCAGGUGGAAGUGACGAAGAUGGGUAAUGAGGACUUAACGUUGGAGGUGGACUACAGAGUCGUCGACUGCCCGGCGGAUGCUGCGGAGGCGGAGGAAGUCGUGAAGGACUACGCCUACCCGAACGUGUGGGAGCUCUACCCGUCCGAGGAUGAGGUCGGCAAGCACGAGAAGACCUUCCCUGGCGACGCGUGGGAGGACGUUGUGACGGAGCGAGAGCCAGAGGUGAAGAAGGCCUUCCAGCGCGACGUCGCGAGCUGCCUCAACGCGAAGGAGGAGGACGUCGACGUUCGCUCCGUCCGCGCCACGCCUGCGGGCCUCGCAGUGCGCUACAACGUGUCGAAUGAGCAAUGCGAGAACGAGGAGUUGGAGGCGAUGUGCGCAUCCUACGGCUACCCUAAGACGUGGGCCUUGUACGAGGAGGAGAACGAGAAGGGCUGGGUGGUCACGUCGCACCAGGUCGGCUUCGACGGCGACGACUGGGGCUACGUCGUUGAGGACAAGCUACCAGAGUUGGAGUCCGCCUUCGUGUACUGCACCGCGGAGCUCUUCUCCUUGCGCGCGGAGGACGUGUUGGAUGCCAAGUACUCCCUUGGCAGUCUCAUCGUGGACUUCCAGCUGCGGCACUCUGCUGAACUCAGCGAGGAGGACGUCAACAAGGAGCUCGCUGCCUGCCCCUACGAGCCGGUGUGGGAACUCUACGGCUACCACCCGUGGAGGCCCGACGAGACGAUGCAGACGUCGCACGAGAUUGGGUUUGAGGGCACGGGCUGGGCCGCCGUGCUCGCCAGCCGCCGCACGGAGCUGAAGGAGUGCUUCCGGCGCGACACCGCCAUCGCGCUCGAGACGGAGGAGGAGGACGUGGCGAUCGACUCUAUCGACUACGUGGAGAAGUCGCUAAUGGUGAAGACGACGGUGACGCACCACAUAUUCCAAGACAAUGAUCUCAUUCAGGAGCAGCUGAGCCGCUACGCAUACGAAGAGACGUGGGCCCUCUACGAGGACGACCCGAACGAGGGGUUGGUCACCACCUCGCACCAGGUCGGCUUCGACGGCGACGACUGGGGCUACGUCACGUCGGCGAACCGCGAGGCCCUCGAGAAGGCCUUUCGCACCUGCACGUGUGCGGCGCUGGACCUGGGCGAUGAGGACAUCACGAACCUGGUGGUGGAGGCGACGGACAGCUCGCUUCUCGCCACCUUCGACGUCAAGCACAUGGAGGAGUUGUCCGAGGCCGACGUGGACAAGCGCCUGGCCGACUGCGGCUACGUGCCAGUGUGGGACCUCUACAUCGACCACCCGUACAUCCCCACCGAGGUCGAGACGACCACCCAGGAGGUCGGCUUCGAGGGUGACGAGUGGAACAAGGUCGUCGAAACGCAGCCUGAUCAGCUGCGCGAGGCGAUCACGCUCGACACAGCCGAGGCCCUCGACGUGACCCCGAACGACGUGACGAACAUUCAGAUGAGUUUCAAGGACGGCAACCUGCUGCUGCUGACGAUGGACGUCCAGCACCCAGUACUGCAGGACCAGGAACUGAUCAAGGAGCAGCUGGGCCGCUCCUCCUACGAGCGCGUGUGGGCGCUCUACGAGAACGCACCGAUCACGCCCGUCGAAGAGACGGAGUCCGGCAUUCUCGAGCGCCGCUUCGAGGGCGACGACUGGGACAUCCUCGUCGACGGAUGCCCAGAGGAGCUCAAUGAGGCGUUCAAGAAGGACACCGCCCGCGUCCUUGGCGUGCCAGUGGAGAACGUGACCGUCAUCAGCACCGAGAUCGGCAGUCUCAUUCUCAAGUACCAGAUCAAGAACCCGCCUGGCGAUGAUGACGAGAUUCGCGAGCACAUCGACGCGGACGACUUCCCAGAGGUGAUGGGGUUGUACCGUCGUCGCAUGCGCAGUGGCGAGGUCGGUGAGGAGGGUGCCAACGCCGAGCGCGCCAUGCCUGUUGGCGACGCCGAGGAAACCGACGACGUCGAAGACGCCGGUGCGCACCGCAAGGACUUCCCUGGCGACAACUGGGAGGAGUGCGUGCACAACAGCCGCCCUGAGAUCACGGAGGCGUUCCAGAAGGACACGGCUGAUGCCCUCGGCGUGGCCCCGGAGGACGUCGUCGUGCGCUCGGUUCGCACGGAUGAGGAGGCCAUGUAUAUCGGCUACGACGUGGAGCAGCCGGCACCGGCUGCCGCUCCGGAGGACGAGGAAGUCAACGGGGAGAAGGCAGUCGCAGUCCCGCUGAGCGACGAAGCGAUGACGGAGAAGACGGAGAACUGCGCCUACCCGGAUGUGUGGGCACUCUACCAGGACGAGACGAUCACCACCGCCCACGCCCUCAGCUUCGAGGCCCGCCACUGGGACUACUUGGUGCGCCGCCGCCGAUGGGAGGUCGCCCGUGCCAUCUCGGACGACUCGGCCGAGGCGACUGAGCUCGAUGCAGAGGCCGUCGUUGACGUGCGGAUGGAGGCCCUCGACGACAACCUCACCGUGAUGGUGUACAUCAAGCACCUGCGCACGACGCCGGCGGAGGAGAUCGACCAGAACCUAUCGGACUCCCCGUUCGAGCGCGUGUGGGCGCUGUACGAGCUUGUGGCCCCGUCGUCAGACCUCGUCAAGAAGUUUGACGGCGCGCGCUGGCCGCAAGUGGAGGCGGAGCACAACGCCGAGCUGAAGCGCGCCUUCGCGGAGGACACGGCCAAGAACAUGCACGUCUCGCGCCUGGAGGUGGAGGUGAUGGAGAUGACCGCCACAGACGAGGACGGCCUCACCGUGACGUACGUCGUGCAUGGCUCGAGCCUGCAGGACGACGAGAUGGAGAAGGCAGCCCGGCAGUGCCCCUACCCGAGCGUGUGGCGUCUCUACGGCGGUGAGGCGGCUGACCAGCGCGAUUUCGAGGGUGAGGGCUGGGAGGGCGUGCUUGAUGCGAAGCCGGACGAGGUGGCGGACGCCUUCCGCCAGGACACGGCCAACGCCGUCGACAUCCCGCUGGACGCCGUGGAGCUGUAUCAGGCUACCGCGGACGACUCCGGGCUGCACGUGCAGUACUGCCUUCGUCCUAUUGAGGAGGCCGCGGAUGAGGAGGCGCAGGCGGCGGAGAGGGAGCGUGUGCACCACUACGAUUACCCGCGCCUUUGGAACCUGUACGAGGAGAGCCAGGCGGAGAAGGACCGUGGCGCCGGCUUCGGUGGCCGUGGCGACCGCGAGUCCGGUGCGAUGCAGCGCGUGUUUGAGGGCGACGACUGGGACAUCGUGCUGGAGGGCGGCCCGGAGGACGCGAACAGCGCCUUCAAGAAGGGCGUGGCGGACGCGUUGCACGUGUCGCCGCAGGACGUGGAGGUUGUGAAGGCGAGCCUGGGCAGUCUGAUCAUGGACUACAAGGUGCGGAACUGCGACUACGAGGACGACGAGAUCGGCACGAGGGUGGCGGACCACGACUUCCCGGAGCUGAUGGAGCUGUACCGUGCGCGCGUGCGUGCCCGCGAUGAAGGGGAGGGCGGUGCGGCCAAGAAGCGCGGCCUCGAGGGCCCGACGAAGACGACGCAGCAUCAGGUGGGCUUCGACGGCGAGGACUGGCCCUACGCCCUGAAGACGAACGAGGACGCCAUUUGCGAGGCUUUUGCCGCUGACUCGGCUGAGCAGCUUGGCUGUGCGCCGGAGCAGAUUCAGAACAUCCGCAUGACGAACGACACGCAGAUGUUGGCGGAGUUCGACGUCGAGCACCCGGAGGCGGAGACGGAGGAGGAGGUGGACCAGCAGCUGAAGAAGUGCCCAUACGAGCGUGUGUGGGGGCUCUACGGCGCCCAUCCCUACACCGACGAGGACAAGGUGACGACGGAGCACGACAUCGGUUUCGAAGGCGACGACUGGGACUACGUAGUCCAGCACAACCGCGAAGAGCUGGAGCGCACCUUCAAGACAGCCACCGGUAACGGCAUCACGGUGCCCGCGUCGGACGUGAACGACCUGAGGAUUGAGCCGGCCGCGGACGGCAUCGUCAUCACGUGCCAGGUAACCCACAACGCAAACCGCAGCCGCGACGAGCUGCAGGAGGAGCUGCGGAAGUACCCCUACGAGGAGAUGUGGGCCCUGUACUGCACCCGCCCCUACGACGAAGACGAGAAGGUGGUUACGCUGCACGAGCUCACCUUCGAGGGCGACGCGUGGGACGUGGUGUGCGAGAUGCAGGGCGAGGCGCUGCGUCGCGCCGUGGUCGAGGACACUGCAGCCGCCCUCAACAUAGAGAACGAGGACGUCAUGGAGGUGAAGAACACGGCGACGGAAUCCGGGCUGAUUACGCGCAUUAAGGUCCGCCACUCGCCGCUGCAGGACAACGACCUCCUCCAGGAGGAACUCGGCCGCUACGAGUACGAGCACGUCUGGGCCUUGUACGAGUCUUCGGUAGAGAGCAACAGCAUGUGCAAGAACUUCCCAGGUGCGCUGUGGCCGCAGAAGAUGGAGGCGCAUUCAUCGGAGGUCCUCAAUGCGUUCCGCAUUGACACGAGCAACAUGCUGAACCUGCCCCCGCGCUUCAUCGACGUGAAGGACACCGAGACGACGGCGGAUGCGGGGCUGACGGUGGAGUACACGCUGCUUGGCGAGUGGUUCAAGGAGGAGGAGAUUGAGCAGCGCAGUGAGUCGUACGCCUACCCGGAGGUGUGGAAGUGCUACGCGAUGGAGGACGAGAAGGUGAUGGCGGACUACGAGAAGACCUUCCCCGGCACGGCGUGGGAGCCGGUGGCGAACAACUGCCCGGACGAGCUGAAGGAGGCGUUCCGGAAGGACUCUGCCGAUGCGCUGCCUGGUGUGACGCCAGAGGAGGUGGAGGUGACGGGAGUGACGGCCUCGCCGGAGGAGCUGCGCAUCACCUUCUCUGCUCCGACCGCGGUCGGUGAGACGGAGAAGGCGAAGGCGGACUCCAGCGUUCAGGAUCACCCCUACCCGUCGGUGUGGGAGCUCUACCAGGAGGAGGAGAACAACAAGGACGCCGCCCCGACUAGCACGACGCUGCAGGACUGCGGCUUCGAGGGCGUGGACUGGGACUACACCUGGGGGAAGAAGGAGGACGAGGUGCGAGAGGCCUUUGCGAAGGGCGUGGCCGACGCCAUCGGCGUGCAGCCGGAGGAUAUCAGGGACAUCGACAUGGAGAAGACGGACGAUGGAAUGGUCCUCGGUGCCCGCGUGACACACCCCCUCGCGCAGGACUACGACACGAUCCAGACUGCCCUGCGCGAACACCCCUUCGAGGAGCUGUGGGCUCUGUAUGAGAUACGCCCCUACGACCCCAACGAUCUUGUGACGACGGAGCACACCAUCUUCUUCGAGGGCGAGGGGUGGGGCGAUGUGAUGGAGGACAAGGAGGCCGACGUGGUGACCGCGGUUCGCCUGGACACGGCCGACGCACUCGCGCUGGAGGAGAAGGACGUGCAGGACGCGAGGCCCACGGUAGAGGCGACGGGCGUGACGCUGGUCAUCGUCGUGCGCCACUCGCCCCUGCAGGAUGACGAGAUGCUGCAGGAGGAUCUCAGCCGCUACGAAUUCCCGCGUGUGUGGGCCCUAUACGAGGAGCACGAGGCGGCCGUCGCACAAGGGCAAAAGCACUUCGAGGGCCCCCAUUGGGCAGCAGUCAUCAAUUCGGACGAGGCGGGCGUGGCAGAAGCCUUCCGCCAGGACACGGCGGCGGCGCUCGAGGUGGAGCCGGCCGACGUGGAGGUGGAGUCCAUCGGCGCCGACGACGAGGGCAUGAAGGUGCACUACAACGUGAGCGCCGCGGGGAUCCGUACCGAAAAGGCGGAGAGGACGCUGGAGACGUACCCCUUCCCGGCCGUGUGGGAGCUCUACCACACCGAGGAGGAGGCUGCGGCGGAGAAGGACCGUGGCGCCGGCUUCGGUGGCCGUGGCGACCGCGAGUCCGGUGCGAUGCAGCGCGUGUUUGAGGGCGACGACUGGGACAUCGUGCUGGAGGGCGGCCCGGAGGACGCGAACAGCGCCUUCAAGAAGGGCGUGGCGGACGCGUUGCACGUGUCGCCGCAGGACGUGGAGGUUGUGAAGGCGAGCCUGGGCAGUCUGAUCAUGGACUACAAGGUGCGGAACUGCGACUACGAGGACGACGAGAUCGGCACGAGGGUGGCGGACCACGACUUCCCGGAGCUGAUGGAGCUGUACCGUGCGCGCGUGCGUGCCCGCGAUGAAGGGGAGGGCGGUGCGGCCAAGAAGCGCGGCCUCGAGGGCCCGUCUAGCACGACGCUGCAGGACUGCGGCUUCGAGGGCGUGGACUGGGACUACACCUGGGGGAAGAAGGAGGACGAGGUGCGAGAGGCCUUUGCGAAGGGCGUGGCCGACGCCAUCGGCGUGCAGCCGGAGGAUAUCAGGGACAUCGACAUGGAGAAGACGGACGAUGGAAUGGUCCUCGGUGCCCGCGUGACACACCCCCUCGCGCAGGACUACGACACGAUCCAGACUGCCCUGCGCGAACACCCCUUCGAGGAGCUGUGGGCUCUGUAUGAGAUACGCCCCUACGACCCCAACGAUCUUGUGACGACGGAGCACACCAUCUUCUUCGAGGGCGAGGGGUGGGGCGAUGUGAUGGAGGACAAGGAGGCCGACGUGGUGACCGCGGUUCGCCUGGACACGGCCGACGCACUCGCGCUGGAGGAGAAGGACGUGCAGGACGCGAGGCCCACGGUAGAGGCGACGGGCGUGACGCUGGUCAUCGUCGUGCGCCACUCGCCCCUGCAGGAUGACGAGAUGCUGCAGGAGGAUCUCAGCCGCUACGAAUUCCCGCGUGUGUGGGCCCUAUACGAGGAGCACGAGGCGGCCGUCGCACAAGGGCAAAAGCACUUCGAGGGCCCCCAUUGGGCAGCAGUCAUCAAUUCGGACGAGGCGGGCGUGGCAGAAGCCUUCCGCCAGGACACGGCGGCGGCGCUCGAGGUGGAGCCGGCCGACGUGGAGGUGGAGUCCAUCGGCGCCGACGACGAGGGCAUGAAGGUGCACUACAACGUGAGCGCCGCGGGGAUCCGUACCGAAAAGGCGGAGAGGACGCUGGAGACGUACCCCUUCCCGGCCGUGUGGGAGCUCUACCACACCGAGGAGGAGGCUGCGGCGGAGAAGGACCGUGGCGCCGGCUUCGGUGGCCGUGGCGACCGCGAGUCCGGUGCGAUGCAGCGCGUGUUUGAGGGCGACGACUGGGACAUCGUGCUGGAGGGCGGCCCGGAGGACGCGAACAGCGCCUUCAAGAAGGGCGUGGCGGACGCGUUGCACGUGUCGCCGCAGGACGUGGAGGUUGUGAAGGCGAGCCUGGGCAGUCUGAUCAUGGACUACAAGGUGCGGAACUGCGACUACGAGGACGACGAGAUCGGCACGAGGGUGGCGGACCACGACUUCCCGGAGCUGAUGGAGCUGUACCGUGCGCGCGUGCGUGCCCGCGAUGAAGGGGAGGGCGGUGCGGCCAAGAAGCGCGGCCUCGAGGGCCCGU